AUGGUAGCCUUUGGUCUUGCAUCUGCCCCACCCAACGGCAAAACGGUCAUGAUGAGCAUCUUCUUGCUCAUUUCGGUCCUCCUCUUUGGUAUUGUUACUGCCGAGAAGCACGUUAAGCGCGUCACUUCCGUCGACUUCAACUGGGACCCCGAGAACCCUCCCCUCUGGACCAUCCGCCCUGAGGAUCGUGACGAGUUCCUGGCUACCGGCAACAUCUCCAGCCUCAUCAAGCGCAACGGUGUGACUCCUUGUGAGGAUCACUCGCACCCCGCCGUUCUCUACUACCAGUACUACGAGAAGGACUGCCCGGCUCCCAUCAAGUUCCAUCCCGACACCUACAAGUAUCCCGGAACUUGCAUUGGUUGGGAUCGAGCUGGUUGGCCGGAGGACAAUGCCUGUGGCGCUCUCUGUCAAUACCGCACCUAUUUCGAAUGGGCGCAGGAGAGCCCAUACCCCAUGUCUGAAUGUCAUCAUCCCGUCGGAUGCAGCUUGUCUUCGACUGACUCAACCUCCGUCGGAUGGUCGGCUUCUCUCACUGGCAAAAUCGGAAAGAUGUGGAAGCUAGGUGCUUCUGGAAGUUGGAGCUGGACUACGAGCACUGCUACUGGACGCUCCUUCUCAGUCACCUUGUUAAAGGGCGAGUGCGGAUACUUCACCUUCGUCCCGGUCAAGAAGGUCAUGUGCGGCACCUACUCUUCAGCUGAGACAUACCCGAACGCCAUUUACGACUACUAUCUAUGCCGUGCGGAGAAGGGACCGAACAACACGCCCAACAUCUGCGAUUCCCAGCCCUGGUCGAUCAAGAACAGCGGCAAUGCCAAGGAUCCCAAUGCCAUGAUCCCUGAUGGCACCGUCCUCUUCGUCUACACCGACUGUCGCACCCGCCUUCCCCUGCCAAAGGAGUACCAGGACCCCGUCUAUGCCAGCCCUGGCGUUUCUCUCCACCCUGACACCAUCGACAGCAUCCAACAGGGCUGGGUCUGGAACACAUGCUACUUCUGGGACAUGAAGGUCAAGGGCGAGCGUGCCGUCUUCAUCCGCGGCUCGGGCUUCAAGGACGAGAAGAUUGGCGACAAUGGCGAGAUUUUGCGCAAGGUUGUCGAGGCCUGUUCCAGCAAGGCUGGUGGCACGUUCAAGAACCACAAGUUCACAUGGUACGACAAUGGCAAACCGGAUGAUUCGGCCAAGAAGCGUGGCGCCGCGUGGCUCUUUGAAGGUGAUGUGCCUGAGAAGAUUCGACCGGGCUGUAUCGGUGAAGCUCUCAUGCAAAUGGGUGCUGCCACUCAGGAUCAGUGCAUUGGUGACACAAUGAAGGCGCAGGCUUUUAAUUAG